GACAGUUACAAAUAGGAUAAACUGCCAGCUUGGUAGAAUUUUGUUCUGGCGCCGUGAUAGUUUAUUAAUUUCUAAUACACUAAUGUUACGAAUAAAGUUGUAGUACAUAUAUUUUUCUUAAGGAUCACGAUGAUUCAUAGUUUAUUCAUUAUUAACCCCUCUGGGGAUGUUUUCCUUGAAAAGCAUUGGCGUAGCGUAAUUCCAAGAUCUGUGUGCGACUACUAUUUGGAAGCUCAACGAGCCUCGCCUAAUGAUGUGCCUCCGGUUCUGGCGGCGCCCCAUCACUACCUUAUCUCCAUUCAGCGAGGAGGCGUGGCUCUUGUGGCGGUUUGCCAGCAGGAGGUGGCACCACUCUUUGUCAUUGAGUUCUUACACAGGGUUGUAGACACUUUCCAGGACUACUUUUCUGAUUGCACAGAGACUAUAAUCAAAGAAAAUUAUGUUGUUGUGUAUGAGCUCCUUGACGAAAUGUUGGAUAAUGGGUUUCCUCUUGCAACUGAAAGCAACAUUCUAAAAGAGCUCAUCAAGCCACCAAAUAUUUUAAGGACUAUUGCCAAUACUGUUACAGGAAAAUCUAACGUCUCCUCGAUCCUGCCAUCCGGCCAGCUGUCCAACGUGCCGUGGCGGCGCUCGGGCGUCAAGUACGCCAACAACGAGGCUUACUUCGACGUCGUCGAGGAGGUGGACGCCAUCAUCGACAAGAGUGGCGCCACUGUCUCUGCUGAGAUACAGGGCUAUAUUGACUGCUGCAUCAAAUUGAGUGGCAUGCCGGAUUUGACGCUCACUUUCGUAAACCCGCGCCUGUUCGAUGAUGUCUCGUUUCACCCUUGCGUGAGAUUUAAACGAUGGGAGUCUGAAAGAAUCUUAUCGUUCAUUCCCCCGGACGGCAACUUCCGUCUGAUGUCGUACCACAUCGGGUCCCAGAGUGUGGUGGCCAUACCCAUAUACGUACGGCACAGCUUGAUGCUACGCUCGAACGGGGACCAAGGGCGGCUCGACUUGACCGUCGGACCAAAACAGACGAUGGGCAGAACUCUAGAGAAUGUGGCAUUAGAAAUCUGCAUGCCGAAGUGUGUUCUGAACUGCUCGCUGACCGCAAAUCAGGGCAAGUACUCGUACGACCCGGUCAGCAAGGUGCUGUUGUGGGACAUCGGACGUAUAGAGCUACCGAAGUUGCCAAAUAUUAGAGGAACUGUAUCAGUAGCGUCAGGCGCGGACACGACAGGCGCGACGCCCAGCGUGAACGUGCACUUCACGAUACCCCAGCUGGCCGUCUCCGGGCUGCGCGUCUCGCGGCUCGACAUGUACGGCGCCAAGUACAAGCCGUUCAAGGGCGUCAAGUACGUCACGAAGGCGGGCAAGUUCCACGUGCGCAUGUGAUGCGAACCCAACCCGGACCUGGCGUGGCUCUUCCUCAGGUUGCUGUGACCCGGCAAGU